UGCUCGUCCAGGGCAAGGGCGCUCAGUGGCCCGUCGACGCGGCUUCCCCCUUCUUCUCCCCACACGCGCACAUCAUGAUGCCUCCCGCACAUCUCCUGCGCUGGAAGCAGCUGCGGAGAGGGAGGGAUCUCGGCUCCCCUGCUGGGUCCUACAGCCUCCCUGCUCGGGGCGCCUCGGGAGCUCCGCGGUGCUUUGCUUUCCCCCCCUGCCUGUCCUGCCCUGACGGCUGAGCCCCCCCUCAGAACAGGGCUCCCCUCCUUUCUUACAACUGCCAUGAGGAAGAUCAACUGGCUCUCUCUCUUCGCUGGGCUUUCUUUUUAUAUCAACGGAAGUGACACAGCUGAUGCUGAGGAGAGGCUGAUGAACCACCUCCUGAACACAUCUCGCUACAACAACUUAAUCCGCCCUGCCUUCAACUCCUCACAGCUGGUCGUUAUAGAAUUGCAGGUUAUCCUGGCCCAGCUCAUCAAUGUGAAUGAGCGUGAACAGAUCAUGACUACCAACGUCUGGCUCAAUCAAGAAUGGACGGACUACCGCUUAGCUUGGGAGCCCUCGGAGUACGAAGGCAUCAAUAAGCUGAGAAUACCAGCUAAGAAAGUCUGGCUGCCCGACAUUGUUCUAUAUAACAAUGCUGAUGGAACAUAUGAAGUCUCUGUUUACACCAACGUGAUCGUGAAGAAUAACGGGAGCAUGUUGUGGCUGCCUCCAGCCAUCUACAAGAGCGCCUGCAAAAUCGAAGUGAAGCAUUUCCCCUUUGACCAACAAAACUGCACCUUGAAGUUCCGGUCAUGGACUUACGAUCACACCGAAAUCGACAUGAUCCUUAAAACCGGCUCGGCCAGCAUGGAUGACUUCACACCCAGUGGUGAAUGGGACAUUGUGGCGCUCCCGGGGCGGCGAACUGAGAACCCCUUGGACCCAAACUACGUGGAUGUGACAUACGACUUCAUCAUUAAACGGAAGCCUCUUUUUUACACCAUCAACCUCAUCAUCCCUUGUGUGCUCAUAACAUCCUUGGCCAUCCUCGUCUUCUACCUGCCGUCAGACUGCGGAGAAAAGAUGACGCUGUGCAUCUCUGUCUUGCUUGCUUUGACUGUGUUCUUGCUCCUGAUCUCCAAAAUCGUCCCCCCAACAUCGCUGGACGUCCCGUUGAUUGGGAAGUACCUGAUGUUCACAAUGGUCCUGGUGACGUUCUCCAUUGUGACCAGUGUCUGCGUGCUGAAUGUGCACCACAGGUCUCCCAGCACCCAUGCGAUGCCUCCGUGGGUGAAGGUGGUCUUCCUCAAGAGGCUGCCCAACUUCCUGUUCAUGAAGCGCCCAGAGAAUAACUCCAUGAGGCAAAGGCUGUCCAGCAGCAAGAGGAGCAAAGCAGACACGUUUGGCAGCAACCCGUCGGACCUGUAUAAGGGCUCCUCCACUUACUUUGUGAACACAGCCUCUGCCAAAAAAUACGACCUGAAACUGACGGAAAACCCUGAUCACAUUGGCAGCCAUCAGGAUGUCAGGCUACGGUCAUCGGCAAAGUUUUCUCCUGAGGUCCAGGAAGCUAUUGAGGGAGUCAGUUUCAUAGCAGACCACAUGAGAAGUGAGGACAACAAUGAGACUGUCAUUGAAGACUGGAAAUAUGUUGCCAUGGUAGUGGACAGACUGUUUCUCUGGAUAUUUGUCUUUGUUUGCGUGGUGGGGACUGUUGGAUUAUUCCUGCAGCCGCUGUUUCAAAACCACUCAAUUGGCGUGAGCCCUUAAACGGGUAAAUCCGAGACCUAGGAUUGCUUAUUCACUGACCGGGCUGGACUCUCUUUUGAGUUCCACAAGUGUAAUUUCAAAGUCCAGUCAUUUGAGCAGGAUUUAUUUAUUUAUUUUUACUAGGGUGGGGAUAACAUAAAAUCAUUAUUUGAUUUAAUCAACUUCUUUAAGGUGGGCUUAUAUCCCACGUGACACUUUAGCCUGGGUGUUGGCGCUGAGUGAGGUGUUGACGAAAACUGGCAAAAACAAUUAGGAAACAAUUGUACAUUUAACCCCAGUCCCCAAAUGCCUGCCCUUACACGGCUUCCAAAAUACAAUCCAGCCAGGGCUCUGGUGGGCCUCCAGGUCAUGAGAGUCCCAUGUGUGCUCAGCAGGUAGGGAGAGAUCACCCCUAUAGGCACCCUUUAAAGUUGGAACAGUUUCAUUUCAUCAGACUUUUCAGCAAAAUACUCCAUCUUCAGUGUUACCUCUUUAUUAACUUCAUUUAAACAGAGGUUGGGUGCCCAUCUGUUAAGGACUCUUUAGCUGUGAUUCCUGCAUUGUUGGGGGUUGAACUAGAUGACCCUUGGGAUCCCUUUCAACACUAUAAUUCUGUAAAAACACUUGUUUUCAGCUCACAUACAUUUAUAUAUUUUUUCAGCACAAUUUCUCUCCCCCACAGUAGGAGCCCAGGAACAUGCAUAGCCUGUCAAGCACAGGCUUGGUCUGUGUCGUUUGGCAACCUUCUUUAGUAGGAAGUGUGCAUUGGGGGCACACACAAUGCUAAAGCAAAGCUUAGUGUUGCAAAAAUGAGUCUAGGCAAGUCUUCGCCUCGUGUGCUGCCCUUCCUCUCGGGGUUGAGAGGAGAUGACUGGAAGCGCUGGCUUCCGUUUCACUACAGCUUGCCAUGUUGUCUGAACCUGGCAGACUGCCGCUGGUGCUUUGCAGAGGCAAGCUGGCUUCAAACCAUAGUUUAAGAAGCUAUCUUGUUUGCACGAACUGAAAUUAAGCUCAGUUUAGAGAUCAGGUGUCCCAUUGUGGCUGUGCUGGAGGAGUGGGGAAUGGGGAGCACGAGAACUGAAGGCUCACUGCAGAUCAUGGGUCAGCAAACUAAGGCCCAUGGGCCGGAUCAGGCCCAAUUGCCUUCUAAAUCCAGUCCUCAGUCCGGGAAUCACUGCAUGGAUCGCUAGCAUGCAUGUUCUUUCCAUCUCCCUCCCUCUCCCUCACACGGCAGCGGUGGCGCCUCCUCCCUCCCUUCUCCUGGCUUCUCCCCGCCCUGCCUAGAGGAGAAAGAGGGCUGGGCUUUGCUGGUGCCAGCCCCUCUUUGGAGCCCUUUCACGCACCGCUCAUC